AUUCCAGUGAUGGGAGGAGCCUUUAUGGACUCGCCCAAUGAUGACUUUAGUACAGAAUACUCUUUGUUUAAUUCAUCUGCCAACGUCCACGCUGCCACCUCUCUGCCAAACCAACCAGAAGAGACCUCUCGUUCCUCAAAUGACGCCAUUUUGUUAUGGAUUGCAAUUAUAGCCACCAUUGGGAACAUUGUAGUUGUUGGCGUUGUGUAUGCCUUUACAUUCUGAGAAGAAAGGAGGAUGGCCUGAGGAGGUGGAAAAUAACUUUGCUGUCCUUCAUGGGUGCAAGUGUGUCUUUGUGUAUGUAGACAUGCAAACAUAUCUAUAAAAAUGUAUAUAUUUAUAAAUAUAUGUAGGUAGAUGCUGUUUGUUACUUUAAGACCAAGUUUAACGAUGGUGAAAAAAUCUUGAGAGACCUUUGUGAAAGUGGGGAUGAAAUGUCUAAUUCAACCAAAUGUAAAUUCAUUGUAACAAAGCCACUAGGAAUGAUCAUUCACACAAAAAUUAAGGCAGGUUUGUUCAGCAAGGGCACUGUUGUUUCCUGGGCUGAUGCACCUGUUACUUACCUUUUGUUUCUAUUUGAGAGAGGCUUUUGUAUCUAAUCUACUCCUGGCCUUGAAUUCUGAACAUGGGUUUGUAUAGACAUACAGUACACCUUCAGUUCUUUAGACAGUCUUGUUCUUUUGUUGUCCAGAGGUGCAGGGAAAGUAAGUGUUUAGACUUGCUCUGAAAUUCAACGUUACAGCAAUUUGGCACAUGCAAAAUAGAAUUUCUGCUUGUUUGCUACAAAGCCCUGCAAAGUGAAAUAUACAUUAUUUGCCACAGUGUUCUGAUGGGUUUUAUCAAGAGCGAUUGAGUUUUCCAGUGCUUGGUCUUUGGGUAAUAGAAGAUGGGUUCAGAUUUCUGGAAAGCUGUCCCACAAAAAUGUGUGACUUUGGAGACAUACUGGUAAUGGAAGCUUAACAUGGUGGAAAUACUGGUCAUUAUAACAAAGCAGAGGUUUUCAGUAAUGUCUCUGAGAGAGCCUUGUGUUGAUCUAGAGCAGUGGUUCCCUAUCUUGGCUAACCCAAGUGUUCUUGGACUGCAGCCUUCACCACUGUGCUG